GAGAGAAGAUAACCGGAGAAGACGAAGCAAGUUCGAAACUUUUGUCCGAAGCGAUUUUGGUUGGUGGGUUUGUGAGUAAAUGGAUGGGAAGCUUCCUCAAGGAGGUGGAGCUUCUUCCUACGGAGGAGGAUUCAAUCUUCAAAGCUCCAUGAGAGUCCACCCUCCAGAUUCCAUGAACCAGCAUCUCCAAGGUCUUCCCUUUACUAUGGCUUCAGGACAAGCCUGUGAUCAUCAGAACUCAGUGAGUGACGAAGAGGAACCAAGUUUCAAUGGGGAAGGUGGUGAGAAGUCAACUAAAGGGUCUCCAUGGCAGAGAGUGAAGUGGACUGAUAAGAUGGUGAAGUUAUUGAUAACCGCUGUGUCUUAUAUAGGUGAUGAUUUGUCUAUGGAAGGUGGGAGUAGGAGAAAGUUUGCUGCUUUACAGAAAAAGGGAAAGUGGAAGUCUGUUUCCAAAGUUAUGUCUGAGAGAGGUUACCAUGUGUCGCCUCAGCAGUGUGAGGAUAAGUUUAAUGAUUUGAAUAAACGGUAUAAGAAGCUUAACGAUAUGCUUGGGAGGGGAACCUCUUGUCAGGUUGUUGAGAAUCCUAAGCUUUUGGAUUCUAUUGGGUUUUUGAAUGAUAAAGAGAAGGAUGAUGUUAGAAAAAUCAUGAGUUCUAAGCAGUUGUUUUAUGAAGAGAUGUGUUCUUACCAUAAUGGGAAUAGGUUGCAUUUGCCUCAUGACCUUGCUUUGCAGCGUUCGUUACAGUUGGCGCUUAGAAACAGAGAUGAUCAUCAGCAUCAAGUUGAGGAUCUUGAUGAUGAGGAUCAUGAUGGGGAAGGUGAUGAGCAUGAGCAUGAUGAUGAUGUUGACCAUGGGGAUUGUAGGGUUGUUCAUUAUGGAGGUGGUGGUGGUGGUCCUUUGAAGAAGGCGAGACAGAGCCAUAGUCAUGAAGAUGUUGACCAUCCUGUGGAAUGUAAUAACGUCACUUUGGCUCAUCAAAUGCCGUUUUCUCAAGGUGGGGCAGAGAGUGGGAGAUCAGCUUCUGUUCAGAAGCAGUGGAUUGAGUCUCGGACUCUGCAGUUAGAAGAGCAGAAGCUUCAGAUUCAAGUUGAGUUGCUGGAAUUGGAGAAACAGAGAUUUAGGUGGGAGAGGUUUAGUAAGAAAAGAGAUCAAGAACUUGAGAGAAUGAGGAUGGAGAAUGAAAGGAUGAAACUUGAGAAUGAUAGGAUGGGAUUGGAGUUGAAACAAAGGGAACUCGGUGUUGAGUUAUAACGGUAUUAGCUUUGAUUUUUUUCUUGAUUGGUAUAUAGAGCUUUCGCUAAAUGAAGACUAGUUUUGUGUUAUUGUAAGCUUUGCUGUUGAUUGAAAUGAUCUUGAGACUUUGAUGUGAGAGAUCAUUUGUGGUUGCAUUCAGUGAUGAAGGUUGAGAAUGUAGUAAGGAAGGAUUGUUUAGUAUAAGCACCUCUUGGUCACUUUCUUCAUCAUUCUGAUGUAGUAUUAUUAUCUCUGACAUCUUAAUCCAAUUUUCGGAAUGUAACAAAUGUUUCAUUUUUCUAUUUGAAAACCCUGCAUUAUCC